CCGCCCCAGCCCCGCUGCGCCAGCGGGGCCUGCCCGGGGUGGGCGAGGAGAAGGAGGAGGAGGGACUCCGCAGCGGCAACAACUGACGUGUCCCCGCCAUGGAGCUCGGCGUGAUUCAUCAGCGGCAGCGGGGCGGCAGCGGGGUGUCGCGCUCCGCUCCCGCGUAGGCACUGCCGCGGCGGGGACAGCCCCGGCACCGCUCUGCCGCCCGCGCCGCCCUCCUCCUCUUCCUCGCCGCCUCUCCUCUUCCCCCGCGGCUGGGCGAGGAUCCCGGGGGAGGCAAGAUGGAAGAAAUCCUGCGAAAGCUGCAGAAGGAGGCGUCGGGGAGCAAGCACAGGGCCAUCAAGGAGAGCUGCACCUGGGCUAUCGAAACCUUGGAUUCUCCCGAUGCUGCUAUUAAGAUACCUCCAUAUCAGCUGAGGGAGAAGUGUCUCCUUCCACUUCAACUGGCUCUGGAAUCAAAGAGCAUGAAGCUGGCCCAACAGGCUCUAGCAGGGAUGCAGAAGCUGCUGUCUGAUGAGAGGUUUGUAUCCGUGGAAACAGACUCAGAUGAGAAACAGUUGCUUAAUCAGAUGCUGAAUGCUGUCAAAGUGACUCCUUCGCUCAAUGAAGACCUGCAAGUUGAAGUGAUGAAGGUCUUGCUCUGUAUAACAUAUACCUCCACGUUUGAGCUGAAUGGGAGUUCAGUGUUGAAGAUUGCUGAGGUUUGCAUUGAGACAUAUGUAUCUAGCUGUCACCAGCGGAGCAUUAACACCGCUGUGCGGGCAACCCUCAGCCAAAUGUUGAGUGACUUGACUUUACAGUUACGACAAAAGCAAGAAAACAUGAUAGUUGAAAACCCUGACGCCUUGCAGAAAUUCAAGAGUCAAGGUACUUCAGCUGAGUCUCUUUGUGAUGAUGUUGUAUCUGUCCUCACUGUGCUCUGUGAGAAACUCCAGGCUGUCAUAAAUGACAAUCGUCAACUUCAGCUUCUUUACUUGGAGUGUAUCCUCUCCAUGCUAAACAGCUCCUCCCCCAGCAUGCACCAGCACAAAGGAUUCACUGAUCUCAUAUGGAAGCAACUGUGUCCAGCCCUAAUAGUAAUCCUGGGAAAUCCAAUCCAUGAUAAAACUAUCACCUCUGCCCACAGCAGCAUCUGCCUUGAGACUGAUUCACCUUCCUCAGGGAUCUCUGAUCAUGGCCGGGGUUCGGGUUGUUCUUCCACAGCCCCUGCCCUUAGUGGGCCUGUUGCACGGACCAUAUAUUAUAUUGCAGCAGAACUGGUUCGACUGGUGGGGUCAGUGGAAUCUAUGAAGCCUGUGCUGCAGUCUCUGUAUCACCGGAUAUUGCUUUACCCACCACCUCAACACCGAGUAGAAGCCAUCAAAAUUAUGAAGGAGAUACUUGGCAGUCCUCGGCAGCUUUGUGAUUUGGCAGGGCCCUGCUCUUCUGAGUCAGAAUCCAAGAAGAGGUCUAUUUCUAAAAGAAAGUCCCAUCUGGAUCUUCUCAAGCUUAUCAUGGAUGGGAUGACGGAAGCGUGCAUCAAAGGUGGUAUUGAAGCUUGUUUUGCUUCAGUGUCCUGCGUCUUUGCCCUGCUUGGAGCCUUAGAUGAGCUGAGCCAAGGGAGGGGUCUUAGUGAAGAGCAGAUCCAGCUGCUGCUCCAGCGCGUAGAAGAAUUGAAGGAUGGGACUGAGACAAGCAGGGACUCCAUGGAGAUCAAUGAUGCUGACUUCAGGUGGCAGAGACGCAUCCUGUCCUCAGAAAAUCCUGCCUGGGAAUCAGGAAAUGAGAAGAGUCCUGAUAUUAGCAUUAGCGUUACCACAGACACUGGUCAGACUACUUUGGAAGGGGAUAUGGGACAAACAACUCCAGAGGAUAAUCCAGAAAAUCAAAAAAACUCCAUGCCAUCUUCAGCUGGACAUGAAAGCAAAGAGAUUCAUUACAGAGAACCAGAGUCAGAAACCAUUGACCAGCCAGAUGUUGUUCAAAGAAGCCACACCAUAGUCUAUCCAGAUAUAACUAACUUUUUAUCAGUUGAUUGCAAGACCCGAUCCUAUGGAUCCAGAUACAGUGAGAGUAACUUCAGUGUAGAUGACCAGGACCUUUCUAGGACUGAGUUUGAUUCGUGUGAUCAGUAUUCCAUGGCAGCAGAAAAGGAUUCAGGCAGGUCUGAUGUCUCAGACAUAGGCUCUGACAAUUGUUCCCUGGCUGAUGAGGAGCAGACACCACGGGAUUGCCCAGGUCACAGGUCCUUACGCACUGCUGCUCUCUCUCUGAAAUUGCUGAAGAGCCAAGAAGCAGACCAACACAGUGCACGGCUCUUUAUCCAGUCACUCGAAGCGCUUCUUCCUAGGCUUAUAGCUCUUCCCAGCAUAGAAGAAGUGGAUGGAGCCCUGCAGAGCUUCUCUUCAACAUUCUGCUCAGUUACUCACCUUAUCCACGCCCCCAAAGUGACGACAGUGGAAAGUCCGAGAAGGCAGCAGCACAGAGCUUUCAAACCCUCACGAGGUAUGAUGCACUCGCCAGGAUUUGAGGGAAACCUAAAUUUCAACUUCCAGACUCUGAUGAAUGCAGACAGUCUCUACGUGGUAUCACAUUACACUUUGCUGCUCAACCUAAAAUUGGCAAACUCAGAUUACUACAGGAAGAAGCCUGCCCAAGCCCCUGUGUUGCUGAAGGAGUUCAUGAAGCAGAUCCAGUCCAGUGGAGUGUUGAUGGUAUUUUCCCAGGCAUGGGUUGAAGAAGUGUACCACCAGGUACUAGAAAGGAACAUGCUAGCGGAAGCUGGAUACUGGGGAAGCCCUGAGGAGCACAGCCUUCCACUUAUCAGCAUGCUGACAGACAUCGACGGCUUGGGCAGCAGUGCAAUUGGUGGCCAAUUGAUGGCAUCUGCUUCAGCUCAAUCUCCUCUUUCCCAAAACAGGAAGACUGAUGAUUCUGUUCUUGCAGGAAUUGCUUUUGCUCGAUACAUUUUAAUUGGCUGUUGGAAGAACUUGAUCGACACUUUGUCCACCCCACUGACUGGCCGCAUGGCAGGCAGCUCCAAGGGGCUGGCCUUCAUCUUGGGAGCAGAAGGAGCCAAAGAGCAGAACCAGAAGGAGAAGGACUCCAUCUGUGUGAGCCUGGAUGGACUAAGGAGGGCGGCCCGGCUGAGCUGUGCUCUAGGUGUCGCUGCUAACUGUGCAUCUGCUCUUGCCCAAAUGUCUGCGGCUUCCUGUGUCCAAGAAGAGAAAGAGGAAAAAGAAAUCCAAGAACCCAGUGAUGCUAUAGCUCAAGUGAAACAGAAAGUGGAGCAAAAACUGGAGCAGAUGGGGAAAGUGCAGGGAGUCUGCCUGCACACUGCUCAUGUUUUGUGUAUGGAUGCAGUCCUUAAUGUGGGUCUGGAGAUGGGAAGCCAUAAUCAGGACUGUUGGCCUCAUGUAUUCAGGGUAUGUGAGUACAUCAGCACGCUGGAGCACACCCACUUCAGUGAUGGUGCUGCCCAGCCCUCCCUCACCAUCACCCAGUCACAGCAAGCACCUGGAGGGUCGCACCCAGACUCCGAGCCUGGGGAGGCUCCUCAGGCACUGACCCCCGAGCAAGAGACCACCCUCAGCAGCCAUCCUGUCAUUCAGCCAGUUUCUAUCCAGGAUCUCAUCAAGGACAGCAGUAAGGGCAGAGCUUUUGAUUUCCGUGGAGGCAGUCUGCUGUGUGGUACCAGUGCCGCCAAGGCUGUUCUCACACUCUCCACGCAGGCUGACAGGCUUUUUGAAGAUGCUGCUGACAAGUUAAACUUGACGGCAUUGGCAGGCUUCCUUUACCAGCUCAAGAAGGCUUCUCAGGCCCAGCUUUUCCAUUCAGUCACAGAUACAGUUGAUUACUCACUAGCAAUGCCAGGUGAAGUAAAAUCUACACAGGACAGGAGAAGUGCACUUCACUUAUUCCGACUUGGUGAUGCCAUGCUCAGAAUUGUCCGGAGUAAAUCCCGCCCAUUGCUCCACCUUAUGCGCUGCUGGAGCCUGGUGGCACCUCACCUUGUAGAGGCUGCCUGUCACAAGGAGAGACAUGUGUCUCAGAAGGCUGUCUCCUUCAUCCAUGACAUCCUCACCGAAGUGCUGAUGGACUGGAACGAGCCUUCCCACUUUCACUUCAAUGAGGCACUUUUCCGCCCCUUCGAGCGCAUCAUGCAGCUGGAGCUGUGUGAUGAGGACGUCCAAGACCAGGUGAUCACUUCUAUAGGAGAGUUGGUGGAAAUGUGCUCUACCCAGAUCCAGUCAGGAUGGAGACCCCUGUUCAGUGCCCUGGAAACAGUGCACAGCAGCAGCAAGUCAGAGGUCAAAGAGUACCUUGUAGGAGAAUACUCUAUGGGGAAACGCCAGGCUCCAGUCUUUGAUGUCUUUGAAGCAUUUCUAAACACAGACAACAUCCAGGUCUUUGCCAACGCUGCCACCAGUUAUAUUAUGUGCCUUAUGAAGUUUGUCAAAGGACUGGGGGAAGUAGAUUGUAAGGAGAUGGGUGACUGUGUGCCAGGAUCAGGAUCUGCAUCUACAGACUUGUGCCUUCCUGCACUUGAUUACCUCAGGAGAUGUUCUCAGUUGUUAUCCAAAAUCUAUAAAAUGCCCUUGAAACCCAUCUUCCUCAGUGGUCGGCUGGUUAACUUGCCCCGAAGAGCGCAGGAACAGUCAGCCAGCAGUGAGGAUGGGAUUGAGUGCAUCCUUUCUGACUUUGAUGAUGACACUGGCCUUAUCAAUGUCUGGAUUAUUCUGCUGGAAGAAUUAACAACUGCCAUAUCCAAUUGUCCUCGUCAGCACCAGCCUCCUACUUUGGAUCUGCUUUUUGAGUUGCUGAGGGACGUUGCCAAGACACCUGGACCAGGAUUUGGCAUUUAUGCAGUUGUACAUCUUCUUCUUCCCACGAUGUCUCUUUGGCUCCAUCGCAGUCAUGGUGACCAUUCUUACUGGGAUGUGGCAUCUUCUAAUUUCAAGCAUGCCAUUGGCCUUUCCAGUGAACUUGUAGUGGAGCACAUUCAGAAUUUCAUACACUCAGAUAUUGGUUAUGAAAAUAUGAUCAAUACUAUGUUGAAAGAUCUUUUCAAGUUGCUGGUAGCCUGUGUAGCAGAGCCAACAGAAAUUAUUUCCAGAGUUGGCUGCUCCUGUAUCAGGUAUGUGUUGGUGACAGCAGGGCCUGUUUUUACUGAAGAGAUGUGGAGGCUUGCCUGUUGUGCUUUGCAGGAUGCAUUCUCUGCCACUCUGGAGCCAGUAAAGAACCUGUUGGGCUAUUUCCAUAGUGGUGCUGAAAGCUUUAGUGGAGAUGCCUGUGAAGUGAAGGUGGCAGCCCCCUCCCUCUCACCAAGUGCUGAAGCUGAGUACUGGAGAAUCAGAGCCAUGGCACAACAGGUCUUCAUGCUGGAGACUCAGUGUUCCCCAAAAACCCCUAGCAACAAGGAGGGGUUUGAACACGCCCAGUCAUGUGUGCUCAUUAUUGACCUGCCACCAGAUAAGAAACCAAAUGGGCAUAACCAGAGAAGGAAGCUGGGCAUUCCUUUCAGGACGAUAGUGGUGAGCUUGCUGUCCCACCAAGUACUACUCCAGAAUUUAUAUGACAUCUUACUGGAAGAAUUUGUGAAAGGUCCUUCUAACUUAGAGGAAAAAAUGGCAAUACAAGUACCAGAAAACAAGUUGGCUGGUUUUCUCAGGUACAUCUCCAUGCAAAACCUGGCUGUCAUCUUUGACUUACUCCUGGACUCCUACAGAACAGCCAGAGAGUUUGACACCAGACCUGGGCUGAAGUGUUUGUUGAAGAAAGUGUCUGGCAUUAGUGGAGCUGCCAACUUAUAUCGCCAGUCAGCAAUGAGCUUCAACAUCUACUUCCAUGCCUUGGUUUGUGCAAUCCUGACAAACCAGGAGAACAUCACUGCAGAGCAAGUGAAAAAGAUCCUCUUUGAAGAUGAUGAGAGAAGCACGGACUCAUCACAGCAGUGUUCUUCAGAAGAUGAAGACAUUUUUGAAGAAACUGCCCAGGUCAGUCCCCCACGAGGGAAGGAGAAGAGGCAGUGGAGGGCUCGAAUCCCAUCUUUGAGCGUCCAGCCUGUCAGCAAUGCAGACUGGGGAUGGCUGAUCAAGAGGCUUCACAAGCUCUGCAUGGAGCUGUGCAACAACUACAUCCAAAUGCACCUGGACCUGGAGAAUAAUGUAGAGGAACCUCCAGUGUUCAAAGGUGACUCUUUCUUCAUUUUACCAUCUUUUCACUCAGAAACCUCCACCCCUUCAACUGGAGGGCUGUCUGGAAAGGACACACCAUCAGAAGAUGACCGAAGUCAAAUCAGAGACCAACUGGGAGACAGCUUGACACCUCGAGGAGGGAGUGGAGAAAUAUUGCUCCUACCCCCACCCCUGAGUCCUAAACCAGAGAAAAAAGAGCAAACCAAGAAAAAAGAAUGGUGGGAGAGUGCUGGCAACAAAAUCUACACCAUAGCCACUGACAAAACCAUCUCCAAGUUUAUGACAGAAUACAAGAAGAGAAAGCAGCAACAGGCCAUGACAUCCUUCACCAAAGAGGUCAAAGUGGAAAAGAAAGGAGAACUCCUGGGUUCAAGAGGGCCAGAUUCACCUGUACUCCAGCGGCCGCAACAUCUUCUAGAUCAAGGUCAAAUGAGGCAUUCAUUCAGUGCUGGUCCAGAGAUCCUGAGACAAGAGAAGAGACCCCGUUCAGGGUCCACAGUCAGCUCCCUGAAUAUAUCUAUUAGGGAUGCAGAGGCCCAGAUACAGGCAUGGACCAACAUGGUGCUGACAGUUCUCAACCAGAUUCAGGCUCUGCCAGACCAAACUUUCACAGCUCUGCAGCCAGCAGUGUUUCCCUGUAUCAGCCAGCUGACUUGCCACGUGACAGAUAUCCGUGUCCGCCAGGCAGUGCGGGAGUGGCUGGGAAGAGUGGGCCGCGUUUACGAUAUCAUCAUUUAAACCAAGCUGUGCUCUGUUGCAAAGGGCAGAAGACAUUCAAGGUAUACAGCAAAGAAGUACUUGGGGUUCAUUAAUUGCCUAUUUGUUGGUGAUAAAUUAAGAAACAGUGAGCAUGUCAAUUUAUAUUGUCUAUCCACCUGUGUGUCCCUCACUCACACUAGCAAAGGAGGCAAAGCAUGAGUCUGUUGAGGAUCUAGCAUGGCCCCAGAACCCAGAACCUGUCUGUAAGUCAGGCUCCUACCAGAAGAGGUGAUGCAAUUCAUAGCCUUCAUUCUAAUUCGAAUUUGCAGCAGAACUUCCACACUUGAAAUUAGCUGUGAGUGCAGCUGUCACGUGGAUGUCAAACCAGGUCAGUAAACCUAUUUAACUUAGAAAAUAAAUAAAUAAAAACAAGUUAGUGAAAAGGUGGGGCUAUAGGACAAGUGAUAAGGUGACAUUUUUUUAGGAGAACAUCUUCCCUUCAAAAAUUGGCAUGUGAGAGGAUAGCCAACUAAAGAUCAUUGGAGUAACUAAAUGUGUCACUCACUAGAGAAAGUGGAAAUUAAUUUUGCUCCAAGAAGAGCCUCUGAAGUCACAUUUGGAGUAACUAAAGGAUCCCAGGUCUAAAAUGGGUGAACCAAGCAUAGACUAUUGAUCCUCGCAUUGCUUUUGUGGAGUAUUGCUCAAAAAGAAAUGGCACUGUCAAACUGCCCUCUCUGCAGCACCACCCUGGCUGCCUCUUCACCCUAUGCCUACAGAUGAGCAUUUUGCCACAUGUCUAAUUCCCCCUAAGGGCAAAAGGGAAGUUUGUUUUGCUCUUUCCUGUGAAGCUGUGGGGAAGACACACCACAGCAAAUACCAGCAUGUGCCAGUAUCCAGCACUCAACGAAGCAGAGUAAAGUGUUCCAGUUUAAGCACCACUACAGCUAUUAUUCUACUGGAAAAUUAUGUUUGCAUAUGUAGAUCUUCUGUAGCCAGGAACACCCUUAUCAACUUUGUUAAAUGUCGCCUAUCACUCCACUUGGAGCUGAAGCAAGAUGGAAAAUUGGUAUGAUGGUAUGAAAGGGAGGUAUAUUUCCUGUUUCUCUCUAAUUUCUUGUCUGCUGCUGUAAAUAGAAAAAGACAGAUCCUCAUGGAGGUACAACCCCCUCCAUGCAGCACUUCUAUUGGGACUAUUGCAAUUGGCUGUUAUUGGUAAGAGGGAAGAGAAGGGGGAGGAUUGACUAUUGUGUUGUCAAAUGCAUAUGUGAUGCUUUUCACACAAAGCAAAGGGUUACCUUGCUGCACAAGUUAUGUCACAGCCCUUGGGACAUUUCAUCUUGUAUUCCCAUGCUAUAUCAUUUGUUGGUAACUUGUUGAAAAUGAGUUGAUUUUAAUUUUGGGUGACCCCUUAAUGCUGUUCUCUGAAGGCUUUUAAAAUGUGCAUGCCAACUAAAUAUACAGCUUCAGUCCCUGCUCCAAAGCAUCCUAAAAAUGUCAUCUCUUUAUAUCAGGCCUGGAUUUUGCACAAAUUACUGCUUUUAGCAUCUUAAACCUGGAAAAACAGAGGCAGCCAAGAAGCUCUACUGAACAGCCAUCUCCCAAGCUGCUUUGUUCACAGUCUGACACCAUCCUCCUGCCUUUUCUCUCCAUUGCCUUCUUCCCAUUUGUCACCUGCUAGUCUUGUGCAGGGAGUAUUUGUCCCAUAACUUUCUGUAGUGCCAGUCAUGCUGUUUUCCUUUCUUUCAAAAGUUCCCUUUGCUGAAUUGUUUAAAGGACAUAAAAUUUAUGUAAAAACCACUCUUUUCUACCACCUCAGCUGACUUUAUGAAUUACUAAUUUAACAAUUAUUUCAAUUGUCGAUUUUCCCCCAACAGUUUUAAUACUUCCUCAGGGACAGGUUAGAUUAGGCUUUGGUAUCUGAGAGAGUAGUAACACAGUUUGUUUUCUGUUGCCAUGUCUUUCUUAUCUUCAGGUAAAAGUGUGGUUACAUUUUUUGUUAAAGUUUUUAUUUGGCAUCUAUACAGAACUGUUUUUAAAGCAGUACAAUAAUUAGGCAACAACAAAAAUCAGAGUAAUAAACCAUAUUCAAAGCAGCCAACUAUGAUGGUUUCAUUAUAAAUGCAUUGAAUAGAUGCAGAUCCUUGCUGUACUGACCUAAAACUAAAGCAGAUCCCUAAAUUAUGUACGGGAAAUAAAAUUGACAGCAGUACUAGUGAAAUCACUCAGGACUACAGAAGAGGUCCUAGAAUCUAGGAAUCACCAUGGUUGCAUUGUGGUUGCAAUGCAAAAUCCUUCUGUAAAUCAGAAAAAAAAGCUUUAGGAGUGACAAUACCAUUACCACCACCUCCUUCAAGCCCAUGAACACAGUAUAACCUAAUGUUACCUGAUUAGCCACCAUUUAGACCUAAAAUGUAAUUUCACUUUAACUAUUUACACUACAAAUACCACAUUGGAAAACAAGGACAAGUACAUUUGCUGUUGGCCUAUUUUGAGCUUUGUCCUUCAAAUUAUGCUCUAAGUGCCCAUUGUCACACCUCAGUGCCUCUGCUCAUUAACACCCCUUCCUAAAAGGUCAUAAAUAACUUUGAGUAAUUCCAGCAAAGUAAUUUAGGAGGGAAGAAGGAAUAUUUGAACCAGCAGACUUUCCAGAGCCAAAUUCAGUAUGUGCUGCUUUUCCUUUUCCUUGUGUAUAUAAAAUGCUAACCAGGUGAGGGGAGCAGCCCAUGGCUGCUUCAGUAACCACAACCAUGAGAUGUAGAAGCUGAAGCUUUCUGAUGCACCUUCAAAACAUAAACAAAUAAAAAGAAAUUAGUUGGUUCAUCAGAUUCUCGGCAAUUUUUCUGCUAGUUUAGCUGUAGACACCAGUAAGCCCCAAAGAAGUAGAAUAAUGCAUGUGUAAAGCCACCAUUUCAUAGGUGCUGUGUGGCCUGUUUCAUGGCUCAUGAGUGCCAGCAUGAUACCAUCAGACCUCAUAAAGCAAGCUUUUACCCAAAGGAGAAGUCUGCCAGAACAGUCCCAGGAAAAGGGGACUGGCAUCAGCCUGUCCUAAGCUUCAGAAGGGGAAUUCCCAGCAUUUCACACCCCAGGCAUGUCCAGGUACAUGUCCAUGCUACAGUGGCUUUUCUGCUUUCUGCUUGUGAGUGGGGAAGCACCUCAGUCAGUAGCAGUCCUUGUGUCCACAUGUGUAUUCACACAUGUAUCCCGUUUAAAUCUAUACUGCUAGCUCUACAGCCUCAUGCAUGGCAGCGUAUUGGCAGCUUUACUGUUGAACCAAACAUGUGAACCAUGAGCAAACCAGUCUCUGCAUUGCAGCAUGAGCUUGCUCUUUACUCGGUUAAUGACCACAUUCUUCUCUUCUCCUGCCUUUAGUUUUUUUGUCACAUAAAUUUCUGUAGGAGUUUGGUUUGAUUUUUUUAAUUGAACUGGCCAGUUGUUUUUUAAAAUAAUUGCCUAGUAAAUUUUACUCAACUAAAAUGCUUUAAAAAAGAAGAUGUUAUAGCUUGACAUCCUUCUCAGGUACCAGAGCUGCACCUCUGCUGCCUUUGCCUAAUUCACACCACCCUCCUCAGGGCCACUGUAGUCAGCAGAGACAAGGACAUCUCAUCUUAAAAUCUUCAGGCAGUUGAUAACAGAGAAAGUUGUUGCUGCCCCCCAUCAACUAUCUUUAAGCACACGAAACAGCUCAUCACUGUGCAAAUAUUUAAAGCUGAGAAAAGCAGAGCACUCAUCAGGAAAGCAGUCCUGAAGAGGGGCAGGGUUUGACCGUACCUUACAUGCUCAGGUCAUCGCAUAUGUUUGCACCUCAUCACUGUGAACAUAUGCAGUCAUAUGAGAUGAUUGACAUAUAUAUGUACAGAUACCUGUAGCUCCAGUCGCUGCCAUAUUCUGGGUAUUCAGCAUAUUUUCAAAGAGCUAUCCACAUCAGUAAUAUGCGUAUCUGCUGUGUUAUGUAUUUGUGUCACACCAGCAAUGGUUAGCACAGUUGUUCUGGUACCUUUUCUGAGCAUUCAGCAGCCACUGAAUUACAACCACUAUCUCUUGGUUAAUAUGCCUUCAUGUUUUUAUGAUGUUAAAAUAUAGAUUUAAUGCUUUACAGGGAUAAACACUCAUUUCAGAAUAACUGACUUGAUUUACCAUAUAGAAAGAAUUAUUAGAAAAAGAUUUACACAGACCUGGGCAAUACUUUCCUUGUACAACUCCCAGCACAGGCAACACAGCUUUUGCUUCAUCACAGAUGAAAAAUUUAUGUCCUCAGCACUGUGGUUUGCUCAUGUCAAGGCCAAGCACAGUUUACACUUGUUACUUGUAACGUGCUUUCCCUUUCACUUUGAGCUUCAAGUUUUGUUUAAAACUUGAACUUUUAUGUAAAAUUCACUGACAAAUCCUCACUCACCAAAGAUAAAAGCCCCAUCUCUAAGUACCAUGUGCAAUCUUCACCUGUACUUUAAAUAGCAGCAUCUCAGGGUUGGUAUCAACAAUGCAGAGUCCAUCACAGCACUGACAUGAAACCAAGUGACAAACAAGUUAGAAAGCAGAGUCCAGCUCCAUUUGCUGCCUGCACUUUGUAGCUUUCUUCACAGCUUGGGCCCACGCUCAAAGUACUAAAGCUGUUGAAAUCAAUGGAAGUUAAGUAGCUAGGGAUCUUUAAUACUCAGGACUCGGUCCUUGAAUCCUUAAAUCCCUACAUACAGGUUCACAAGUUCUCAGGAAAGGAGGAAUCCUGUAAAAUUCUUUGUGUCACCCUCUCUGCUGCUGCCCUCCAUACACCUCCGGCUUGAAAAAUCCAUGGGAACCAGCACACACUCCCAUGCAACCCCAUACUGCAAAACUAGAACCCUCACUUUUACAGAUCCAGCCAGCCAAAGUGAUUUAUUUUUUCUCUAGCUCAUCUGUAUAGAAACCUGUUGAGAAACUGUGCAUGUGGGUUGGCUAUUGUCACCAUCAGCAAUCCAUUCUAGUAAUGCCAUUUCUCAGUACUAAAUUGUUUUUAAUUCACAAAAAAUGAAGUGCUUCCUUCCUCCCCAUGCCCUUUUAUACAAAGGUAUGUCUAAGUUGCUGAUCAUUCCACAAGUGUUAAAGAAGUCAGAUGACACCAUCAAUUUACCAAAAGAAGUUUCUCUUCUUUUAGUGUGAAGGACCAAUUUACCAUUGUACAGAAGCACAAAUGUUGGAUUUUAUGCAAUGUAGAUAAAAGCAUGUGGCAGCUAGUGAUCCCUUUUCACUGAGCCUCCCUAAUUUGAGCGGAGCUUCUAUAGGGAUAUCACCAAAGGGUCUCAGCAGCCCUCACCAGCAACAUGCCUGGGACUCCAGAAGUUAUACAACUGCAAGGAAAAAAUAAUUUCCACUAAUUCCCCUCAGAAUACAUAUUAUAUAUGUGACACUUACUAAUAUGAUACUAAACAAACAGUUCUGGCCAAACAAGCAGUGUUGGCUUUUUUUAAAGAAAAAAUGAAAACACAUGUGGCCUAAGUGUGCAUCAGUCUUUUCACUUAAUGCUCAGAAGUCUCCAAGCUGAAAACUAAAAGCAGAGGGAAGAAGAAAUGCCCUAAUUCUAUGGAUAUUAGUGGAGCUAUGGUGUAUGAUCCUGGAUUAAUGCAAUAAUGAGCUUUCCUGUGGAACCAGAUCCCUCAAAUUCCAAUUUUUGGCAAAAUCACAAGUUGAGGUUGCAUAAUCUACACUGCCACAUUGAAUUGGAGAGCUGAGCUUAUGGAACGCAUUUUUGGUUAAGAAACAUGGCAACAGGAGCUAUUAAAUCUUUUUACCUAACAUCCCACUUUUCAAAAGGUAGCUUAUGUACUUGGAUAAAUUUUAUCUGACUCCCAUAGAGCAUCAGGGUCCUGUUCCCUGUCCAUGCAUUUGGUCCAUCUGGGCUGUGGUGAAGUGUCACACUUCCACAAGUAGCAAGCUGAAGCAAGAGAGCACAGCUGGCAGACAGGCACAGGCAUACAGGCUCAAAUAAGGGACAAAUAUCUCCUCCACAAUCAGGUUGUGACUCCUGAGCCCCCCACUGCAGAGGAAGACAGGGCUUGAUAUCAAAGGGAGAACAGUCAGGAAGGGCAGAGCAGGGUGGUGACAGCACAUGUAGCCCACGUGUUUGCUAGACGGGAGCAAGAGGCUGAAGGUGUGCAAUGACAACAGCAAGAACCUUCUUUCAGUUCCCCCCACUUCUCUGCCUCUUUUCCUCUCCCCCCACCCCUUUUGUCAUUUUUGUGAGACUACAAACAUACUUCUAUGGGCCCUUCAACCAGAACUGAAAGCAAGCCAAAGGGAGUGGACACUCCAUUUCGCCAAAGAUCUAAGUCUUGUCUGUUUGAAAAUUAAAAAAAAAAAAAAUCUAAAAAAUCAAAUUUUAUUUCCAUGAUGAUGGUUGCCAGAGGAAGAAUUUUACCACAAAACAUGAUUCCCAGGACUUAAUCUCUCUAGCUGUAUAUUCAGGAGGAGUCAAUAGUUCUUCUUAAGAGAGACUAUAUAUUACCUUGUCAAACAAGUGCUUACAUUGGGUUUACCUUCUGCUGAGCUCCUACCUAUCUGCAAUGCCUUGGUCUCAUCCGUGUUUCCUCCCUCUACCUUUCUGCUCUUCUUUAGAAGAACACUUCCCCAUGUCCACCAUGUCCUGUUGUGCCGCUAGCUUUGUAUGGUCCUUGGGUGUCCAGUGGUUGGGCAGUCACUGUCAGCUGGCUUGCAAAUUGUAUUUUGUGUAUAUUUUAUUCUGACUGAAUUCUGAAAUGGAAAUAUUUUAAAACAAAAAGUAUAAACUAUUUAUGUUGCUUGUGUUGUAGAAUAAAGAUGCAAAUGCAAAAUAAAUUAC